AUGCUGCCCGCUAUAUUUAUUGCCCUCGCCGCUGCUCUCGCCCCGGUGCUCGCUGGGCCCGUCGCGGGGCCCGUUGCCGAGCCCGAAGGCGCCUUACAGCAGCUCGAGGCCCGCAAGGCGGAGUACACCUGCAUGUCGCCGUGGUGUAAUAUCCUGAAGGACUGUAGCUGCCCGGGAACUGCCUCCUUCAACCAGAAGCCCGCCUUCCUCUCCAAUAGCGGCUGCCGUUCGAAGGCUGGCGCCGACAACCACCCCGCCUGUAAGGUUGUCUGA